AUGAAAUGUCAUAUGACGACAAAUAUAGACACUUCUCCAUGGGCAAAGAUGAGACAAGUUUUAAAUAUUUACAAUAACCGUAAACAAAAAGGUUUGGGAAACCACUCCCCCGAAGAAAUGAAAAACAACCCCGACUUAGAGAAAGACUAUAUAUUUAAUAGUUUAGUCAAAAGAGACAAACAAGAAAGAAUGCCAGGCUUCAAACUUAAGAAAGGUGACAAAGUAAAAAUAGAAAUACCUAAACGCGACCCAUAUGAAAAUACUAUUGACUAUGACAACAAUGGGAACUCGACAGGUACUCACAUUCGUGUUCGUAAAAAUAGAAGAAAGUAUACAAGAGAAUAUUAUGAAGUUUUAGGCAAACAUGGCAAAAUGUACAGACUGCAAGCAGAAGAUAAAACUACUAUUGUCAGACCUCGUUUCAAACUUGUCAAAGUUCAAGGUGGUAUACUUUCAAAGACAGUUCCUAACAAAUAUAAGACAACUCCUGACGAAUAUGCUAAAGAAGUUGAAAAUGACGACUAA